AUGGAACUCGAAGCCUUCAUAAAAUGGCCAGGCGCACCCUUAACAGAGGCACUUGUUCUCAGGGCGCUGAAUCGGCUAACACUUCAUCCGGUUCCGGUAUCUGCUCCCUCGUCCUCCGACAAACCACUACUGCAAUGGGCGACAUACGAUUGUCUCGAUCAUGACCUUACGCUUUCAAGGCCUUCUCUAAUCCUUUCCUCUUCAUUUACCAUACGAAAAGCUCUUAUAAGAAAGCACUUUCUCCAUCGGUGCAUCCUCGCAUAUACAACCAAAUAUCCGGAGUCACGUCUACUCCAAUACGUUCCGAGAACUUGGGAUAUCGAAAUAUCAUUUGCUGAUGAACUUGACGAGUUAUGGAGUGAUGAGCUCUGGGACUUAGCUGAGGAGCUUGAUAGCGGCUCUGAAAAAUGGUGGAUUCUGAAACCUGGAAUGUCUGACCGUGGGAUGGGGAUACGUCUAUUCAACUCUAAAGAUACACUGCAACGUAUAUUCGAAGAAUUUGAAGCGACUGAGGACGAGGACGAUGAAAGCGGCAAUGAAAAUGCUAACGAUGACACCAAUGUUGCGACGUCUCAACUGCGCCACUUUGUCAUUCAGGAGUACGUUUCCAAUCCGGUGCUCCUGGAUCCGAGGCAGUCGGCUACCAAUCCCGGAGAGGCGCUACCUUCGUUAAGGCAACUCGACGAGGGACGUAAGUUCCAUCUUCGAGCUUAUUGUGUAGCAUCCGGUGCACUUUCAGUCUAUCUCUACCCUCGAAUACUGGCAUUAUUCUCUUCGGAAGCGUAUGUGCAGCCUUCUAGCGCUUUCAAAACACUGAACGAUAUCGAUCUUCGUCCCCACCUAACGAAUACAUGCUUGCAAGGGAAAGCUGGAGAGACAAAUGUCCGUCUCUUGGACGAACUCGUUGGAUACAGAAUAUUAUCUGAAGACGACCCCGAUGAUCGGGAAUGCAUCACUGAACACGACAUAGCAUCGAUUACGAACCAGGUUGCAGAUGCUCUUUCCGAAACUUUCAAAGCUGCGUUACAGAUGCCAGUGCAUUUCCAGCCGCUUCCGAAUGCAUUUGAAUUGUACGGGGUAGAUCUCCUAGUGAGCCACGGUCCUUCCGACGGAACAAGCGGAAGAUUCCAAGUGAAAUUGCUAGAGUUUAAUUCAGAACCGGCGAUCGAGAUGACAGGCGCUAGGUUACGGUGGAUCCUCGAGGAUCUUUUCGAUCUCAUAGCGAAGACUUGCAUUCAUCCAUUCUUCAGUGGAGGAGAUAUGGUCGUCAUGGCCUCUAGUAAUGAAACUGAGGGCGGUUGCGCACUGCGACAAUGUUUAGACGUGAAACUACGAGGGUAA